AGUCCACGCACAAGAACCAUCAAAAGCAUACCCUUUUCAAAUUAACUAAUAAUUGUAUUAAAUUUAAUAUACUCUCACAUAGCAUAGAAUAAGAUAAAGACAAUCAAGAGUAUUAAAGAUGAAGAGUUGCAAUUUAAUAGUGCUUCUUCUACUUCCAAGCUUUUAGCAACUCACCAAACUUCAAUUUUCCCUGAAAAUACUCCCACCCUUAUUUUUUCCCAAGAAAAAGCCAACGCUUUAAUGUUAUCUUCUCCCAACUGUGAAUCAUAACCCAUCUGUACAUGAUCAGUCAAACAUUCAAGAUUACCGUAAUAAAUUUCGUACAUCCAUUCAUAUUCAUAACUGCUAUUGUGCAUGCACUACAUGGAGGCAAAUUCGUCAAAGACAAUUUUUCUUUUUGUCUUGUUGUUAUCUCUGGAUCGUAACGACUACGCGAACUGAGUGGAGAAAAUCAGGAACAAGUCUAAUUUUUUAGGCCUAGAGUUAAUGAGUACUCAACUCUCACGUACCACCGCUUUCCAGCUGUUCAAAGUCCACUAUAUAUAACAAUAGAACAUAGAGCAAGAACCCUCACUCAUCCUCUCACUUCACUCUAUACGUUUCAACUUUCAUAUACAACUUUGUUGAAAAAAUGUCUACCAAGGUUGCAGAUGCCAAGAAAAUAAAAAGCCAGGUGUUCCUGCCGGGGGCAGUACACUGGCUGGUCGUAUCUGUUGCGAUUAACUUGGGGUUGCUCUUAAAGCUUAUUCAUGAUGGAAAUUUACUGCUGGAAUGGUCUAACCUGCCAGAUAAAGAAAAUGGGACUCAUCUUUCAUCCUUAUCUUCGUAUCCACCGGAGCCUAAGCCAGCAAAUGAUGGGCAAAUCCAACAAAAGCUCAUAAAUCUGGACCACGGUGAUCCUACUAUGUACCAGAGUUACUGGAAGCAGAUGGGUGACAGAACUACAGUUGUCAUAACUGGUUGGCAAUCUGUUAGUUAUUUUUCAGAUACCAAGAACCUUUGCUGGUUCCUCGAACCAGCUUUUGCAAAUGCAGUAACUAGAUUGCACAAUCUAGUCGGGAAUGCUGAGACUGAGAACCGACACAUCGUCGUUGGGACAGGAUCUACCCAACUGUUUCAGGCUGUAUUGUAUGCCCUCUGUCCUUCCGAUGCUCCCGAACCAAUGAGUAUUGUAUCUGCUGCCCCAUAUUAUUCGUCAUACCCACUGAUCACUGAAUGCUUGAAAUCUGGGCUCUACAAGUGGAGAGGUGAUGCCAAUGACUUUGACAAAGAGGAGCCCUAUAUUGAGCUUGUGACUUACCCAAACAAUCCUGAUGGAGAAAUCAGGGAAGCUGUGUUCAAUGGGAAUGGAGGAAUAUUGGUCCAUGACCUAGCUUAUUAUUGGCCUCAGUAUACUCCAAUUUCUUCUCGGGCAGACCAUGACAUAAUGUUGUUCACCCUAUCCAAAUCCACGGGACAUGCUGGUAUGCGCUUAGGAUGGGCACUUGUCAAAGAUGAAGCAAUUGCGAGAAAGAUGGUAAAGUUUAUAGAGAUAAGCAGCAUUGGUGUCUCUAAAGAUUCACAAGUCAGAGCUGCCAAAAUCCUGGAUGUUAUAAGCGAUACUUAUGAGGAUGCAGAAACCACCGAUGAAAUUAAACAAUUCUUUGAUUAUGGCUAUCAAGAAAUGGCGAAGAGGUGGACACAACUAAGAGAGGCAGCCAACAAAGGCCAAAGUUUUAGUUUGCCUAACUUGCCUGUUGGCAAAUGCAACUUCAGCAAUCGGACAUUUGGAACACAACCUGCUUUUGCCUGGCUGAAGUGUGAGAAGGCCGAUGACUGUGAAAGUUUCCUCAAGAAGCACAAGAUUUUAACUAGAGGGGGAGCAUAUUUUGGUUCCAGUAAGAAGUAUGUUAGGGCCAGUUUGAUAGGUCAUUUAGAGGACUACAAUGAGUUUAUCCGGAGGUUGUCCUUGAUCAACUCUAUGGAGUCUCCAUGAACAGCCCUAUUUAUUUUUAGGAAAAGAUAGUCUUCUAGGGUUGAAAUUGUGUUGAGCAGAUGUGAAAAUGUUAAGAAAUGUUUCUACUGCUCUCUAUAUAAAUGAAUAUAACUUAUAAAUAUACUGAUGAUCUGCACCUA